CGCGCAGUAACACGCUUGUUAAAAGUUACCUCCCUUGGAUUUUGUCUCGCCAUUUGUGAUAUUUAUAAACACGGAAGAUGACGUCUAAAAUAAGAACUGGACUUGUGUAUGAUGAAAGAUUAAGCAGACAUUUCAAUACGUGGAACGCGAAGUUUGCUGAGGUACCAGAGAGAGUGACAGAGCCUUUUGCUGCUUGUGAAAAAUAUCAGCUGGUUGAAAGAUGCAAACGUAUCCAGUGCCGUUACGCGACUGAUGCAGAGAUGUCACUGAAACAUUCGAAGGAUAUGAUAGACAAAUUGAAGGCAACAGAGAAUAUGACAGAAGACGCAUUGAAAGAAAUGUCAAAGAAAUAUGAUUUCAUUUACUUCCACCCGGUUCGAAAUGGGAUGGCUAUUAUCCGUCCUCCAGGUCACCAUGCUCAACAUGAUACAUACAGCGGGUACUGCCACUUUAAUAAUGUAGCCACAGCUGCUCAAGUUGCUUUAGAUGACUUUGAUGUAAAGAGGAUUUUGAUUGUUGACUGGGAUGUUCAUCAUGGUCAGGGAACACAGUACAUGUUCUACGAUGAUCCAAGGGUUCUUUACUUUUCAAUACACACAUAUGAUUAUGGACGAGAAUGGCCACAUCUGAGGGAGUCUGACUAUGAUUACAUAGGAACGGGAUCAGGAGAGGGUUACAAUAUAAAUGUACCACUGAACAAGAACGGUUGUGGAAACGAGGAGUACAUGGCCAUAUUUCAGCAGCUUCUUCUACCAGUUGCGUAUGAAUUUUGUCCAGAACUUAUACUAGUAUCAGCUGGAUAUGACUCGGCCAUAGGUUGUCCUGAGGGACAAAUGGAAGUGACCCCAGCUAUGUAUGCUCAUUUUGUCAGUAUCCUGUCGUCAUUAGCCAACGGGAAAAUAUGCUUGAUUCAAGAGGGAGGUUACUGUGUGAAGUCAUUGGCUGAGAGUGUCGCUCUAUCCCUUAGAGCUCUGCUUGGGGAUCCAGCACCUUUACUUCAAAGUUUUGAAGAACCUGAUUAUAGUGUGGUAGAGUCAAUCCUUAACGUGAUCAAGAUGUUGAGGCCGUAUUGGAAGUGUUUGCAGUUUCAGAAUAAUCUGAAAGAUUCUCAAAUUUCUGACCAGAACAGAUAUGUUUCACUGCCACCAAGACCAGGUAUAACUUUCUACACGGACGCAAUGCCAGAAUCCUUUGAUUUGUUUCAACCUUGCUAUGACGAGGAGUAUGAAGAACAGAAGCACGGUUUAUAUGAGAGAAUCGAUUCUCUUAUCAGAAAUACUAACUUAGAAUGUGCACCAAACAGACUUGGCAUUGUAAGUGAUGAGAACAUGCUUCUUCAUGAAGAUCCAAGUGGUGAAUGCGAAGAAGGGAGUGAAAGGAUAUCUAUUUGCUGUGCGACUUUACGCGCAAGAGGACUCUGGGAUAGAUGCCAGAUAAUACCCGCCAGACAGGCAACUACAGAGGAACUUUCGAUGGCACAUACACAAGAAUAUAUUAGACUUAUAUGUAAAACGUCAGGAUUAUCGGAAGAAAGUAUACAAAAAUAUGAGACUACUUUUACAUCAGUGUAUCUAUGUAAGGACACAUAUUUAGCAGCCACAUUGGCAGUUGGAUGUUUACUAAACGCAGUGGAUAAUGUCUUGUUACACAAGUCACAGGCAAGUGUUGCUGUCAUCAGACCACCGGGACACCAUGCAGAGCCAAACGCAGCAUGUGGAUUUUGUAUAUUUAACAACGUUGCCAUUGCAGCAAAAUAUGUAAGACAGAAGUGCCCUGAUCAUCGGGUUCUGAUCGUUGAUUGGGACCUUCAUCAUGGGAAUGGUACUCAACAUAUGUUCUUUGAUGACCCCAGUGUCUUAUAUUUAUCCAUUCACCGUCAUGACUGUGGAAAAUACUUUCCUUGCGGCUGCUACGGUUCCAGUACCUUUACUGGAAAAGAUGCUGGUGAAGGAUUCAACGUCAACAUUCCGUGGAAUAAUGGCAAAAGAAGUGAUGGGGACUACAUAGCUGCCUUUAAUCAAAUUGUGAUGCCGAUUGCAUAUCAGUUCAAUCCAGGGGUUGUGUUAGUGUCAGCAGGGUUUGAUGCUUGUAUCGGAGAUCAGUUGGGGCGCUACGAGGUCUCGCCAGCAUGCUAUGGACAUCUGACAGCAAUGCUCAAAACGUUAGCUAAUGGAAAUCUCAUCAUGGCUUUGGAGGGCGGAUACCACAGGGAGUGUACCGCAAAUGCCCUGAGCGCGUGUGUUUCAGUUCUUCUUGGAGAUACUGUUCCAUCACUUACUUCAGUAGUUCCCUGUAAACAGGGAAUUGUCAAUAUCAAGAAAGUUCUUGAUGUGCAAGAGAAGUAUUGGUCUGGUCUGAGAUAUAGAGAAGCAUUGCCUACGCCGGAACAGCUGAGAAAUAUAAUAGAAAGGAAGAGGACAAUUGAACAACAAGAAAUUGAGGAUGGCGAAGAAAUUCAAAGAAACACAAAUGGCGAAGAAAUUCAAAGUAACACAAAUAACUGACACUUAAUUUUUUUUAGCAAAGAACAGCUUCUGGUAACACCCUAUUGUAACUGUAGCACAAAAACGAUAAAAAUAGGACAAAGAACACAGACAUUGAGAGUUCUACGAUUUGUUUUUGCUGUUAAACAGAAACGCCUUUACGGCAAUAAAACCCACUUAUGAUAAGAAGGAGUACAAGACAACAAAAAGAAAUUAAAACUGAAGAAGGACACCAGAACGGCAAGUGUGGCAUUUAUGACAGAAUUACAAAACAAUGACCAGGACAUAUAUGUUUAUUACAUGUUUUUUCUGUGUAUUAUUGAAAUAUUUGAUUGAAAGAUUUUUUCAAACAUAUUUAUACCCUACAAAACUUGUAUUUUUCCGUGUAGUUGGGCUAUAUAGGAAUCACUUUGUCCCGUCCAUCCUGUCCCGUUCCGUCAACUCACAUCCAGUCCGUCCCGUUCCUUAUAGGGAAUCUGUAUAGAUAUCAAGUUGAAAACUUACAAUAUUUUUGUAGGAUCAUAAGUCAAGCUCAUAUACCAAGGUCCUGUAAAAAAUUAUCUGCCCUUUUUGCUUGGUAAAUAUAGCGAAAUUUUUAUUUCUUGAAAUAUUCUCUGAAACAAAUGAAGGUAUUCACACACACGAAAAAACUUUUAAAAACAUUAUCAUAUUGUUAGUUUACAUAUCAACUUGCAUAACUCUGUCUUUCAUUUUGACAAAAUUAUUUCCCCUUUUUACUUGGAAAAUUAGCAAAAUGGUUGAUUUUUUAAAAAGUUCUCUGAAACUAAUGAAGGUAUUACAAUGAACUUAAAAACAGGUUGUAAGGAUCAUAAAAUAAAGCAUGUUCAUGUUCAAGGUUCCAUAAUUCUGUCUUUAAUUUUGACAAAAUUACUUCCCUUCUUUGCACUUUAAAAAUGUCCUUAAAAUACUAUUUAAUUUAAUAAAACCUUUACAUCUUCAUACAAUUUUGAACCAUUAUGCAGAAAUACACAUUUCAACUCAAGUUCCAUAUGACUUCAGUGUUUUAUUUUUGCUGGACCAAAUUUCUAUCCCUUUUGGACUUUAAUAGCUCUGAAACCAAAAAAGUCUUUAGCUGUUAUCUGCUUUAGUAAAUAUCAUGUAUCUUCUUACAAUGAAGGAUUAUAAUGCAAUAAUACACACCUGUCAAAUUCUGUAUGAACUUUGUGUUUUAUUUUGACAAAAUUAUUCGCCCUUGCAGACUGCCAAGUUCGUUAUUGGCAAAAUAAUUGUUUUCCUUAAAUAUCUCUGAAACCCUUUGAGGGUUGGAAUUUUACAUAGUUGAAUAACUAGUCACAUAGCUUUGAUGGCAUUUCUAUACAAAAUAUCUCCCUUUAUAAUUGUAUUUGAUUUUUCUAACCUGUGCUAUUUAAGAGAAUGAUAUUAAACCUACUGAAGGGAAUUUAAUGUAACAUUUUAGAGAGGAACUGGAAGGCACAGUAUCCGUAACUCUGUUCUCAGUAAUGAUAGCCAUAUCCCUAUUUACCCCUGGAAAAACUUCGACUUUAUUGAAGGGAAUUUAAUAUUACUUAACAAAUUAAUAAAUUCCAUAUCUGAUUUUUAUACAAAUUGUCUCCCUUUAGCAGCUGUAUUUAUUUUUUCAUAUGUUCAGUCUUGAAGAAUAUGGUCUUAAUUGUACUGAAAGGCUUUGAUAUAAUUUGAUACAGUGAUACAUGGCAUUAAAAGGAUUUAAAGGGCACAUUUACUAAACACCUGACCUGGAUAAUGAUAAAGUUAUCCGCCCUUUAAUACUUCUGAUUAAUAAUUUAAAAGAAAUGUUUCAAAAGAUCUGUAACUCUUUAAUAUAGAUAAAAUUAUAUCUCAGUUGGAACAUAAAAGAUGCAGCGAAUAGUAGUGAAUGUUACUGCCAAACAUUUCCCAACAAGGCUUUUAGUGAGGGUAUGUAUUUAGUGAAAGCAGCUUUCUCACUGGUAAGAACUGUUAAAUUGUAAAAUGGACAAAAUUUAAUAGAUACAUAAAAUUGAAA